AUGACAUAUAACGAACACAAUGCAGAGGACAGCUGCCUAAAAAACCAGCCCGAAAAGCAGGCCGAACCUAACACCGAAGUCCACCGUGGAGAUGCCGCCCCGGCCCCGGACAAUGCGGGCCUCGAGAACGGAGGUGUAGCACACUCCAGCGAAGCCAGCACCGACGACAGUGAAGCGAACCUCGAAUUUCCCGAAGGCGGGCUUGAAGCUUGGCUUGUAGUCUUUGGAUCCUUUUGUGGAAUGUUUUCCAUCUACGGUCUCAUCAACACCUCUGCUGUUUUUGAGUCGUACUUUUCCGAGAACCAACUUCGUGAUUAUUCGUCUUCUCAGAUUGGCUGGAUCUUCAGUCUUUAUCUAUUCCUCGUCUUUCUUGUCGGUAUUCAAGUUGGACCUGUCUUUGAUAAAUAUGGUCCUCGACUUAUUGUUGCCUCCGGAGGUAUACUCAUCGCGGCAAGUUUGUUCAUCCUCAGCGUUUGCGAGGAAUUCUACCAGAUUAUUCUGUCAUACUCGGUUGUAGGUGGCCUUGGAGGCGCCCUUCUUAAUUCACCGUGUUAUGCAUCUAUUGCCCAUUGGUUCGACCACCGACGAGGUCUUGCAACUGGAGUUGCAAUGACUGCGGGAUCAAUUGGCGGGAUCAUAUUUCCCAUCUUUCUACAGAAACUCCUUCCCCGCGUUGGCUUUGCAUGGACGACCCGUAUUCUUGGGUUCAUCAUUCUCGGACUCACCGUUCCCGCCACGCUCUUCAUGCGCUCCCGUCUACCGCGAUCAAACAAGGUGUCUUCAGUCUGGCCAGACUUGAGCAUCUUUAAAGACCUGAAGUUUACGUUUUCGGCAUGUGGAAUCUUCUUUAUGGAAUGGGGACUCUUCGUGCCAUUGACGUACAUCGUGUCUUAUGCCGGACGACACUCUGGCGAUGCCAACAGCUCUUAUACCCUGAUUUCGAUCCUCAAUGCUGGUUCAUUGCUCGGUCGUUUUCUCCCUGGUCUUUUAGCUGACAAGAUUGGGCGAUUUAAUGUCAUUCUACUGACGCUUGGGCUUUGCAUAAUAUCGGCCUUUGCUCUGUGGUUGCCAGCUGGAGACUCUCAGGCAAUGAUCAUUGCUUUUGCUGUUGUGUUUGGUUUUGCAAGUGGUAGUAACCUUGGACUCACACCAGUUUGCGUGGGUCAGCUCUGCGAUCCUCGCGACUAUGGACGAUUCAUCUCGACAGCUUUCAUGGUAGCUAGCUUUGGGACCCUCAGCAGCUUGCCAAUUGCUGGUGCCAUUCUCGAGGCUGGUGACAAGGGUGACUCUGGCUGGACUGCUCUCAUUGUGUUUGAUGGGCUGUCUCGCUCAUUGAAACAAGUUGUCAAUGUCCGCGAUUUUAAACGUAAACUCAAGGAGAUGCAAACAUUGGAGAUACAAGUCCGAAGCAAAAGAGGGUCUCAGGUCCCCAUCAUGUCCAAUGACGCAUCUUCCCGUCGUCUCGCCCUCACCGAGAACCCGCGAUUAACCGUAUCUCAAAACGCUCACCACGACAGAUUCUCCACGCGCUCCUGUGAACCACCCGUAGCGCAAGGUCAAGCACCAACUGACCUUGUGUGGAAAGUGCACAGCGACGUUUUUCACUCCCUCUCCCCUCCACCCCCCGACAUCAUGCAGUCCUUCACCAGAGCCACUCGCGCCUCGGCGCUGCAAAACGUUGGCCGCCGAGCCUAUUCCUCGUCGCAGUACGCAAAGACCAUCAACAACCUGCGCAUCAACGCCGACACCAAGGUCAUCUACCAGGGUUUCACCGGAAAGCAGGGAACUUUCCACGCUCAACAAGCUAUCGAAUACGGCACCAAGGUCGUCGGUGGAACAAACCCCAAGAAGGCUGGUCAGACUCACCUCGGCCUCCCUGUCUUCAAGAACGUUGGUGAAGCCGUCAAGGAGACCGGUGCCACUGCUACUGGUCUCUUCGUCCCUCCUCCUCUGGCCGCCGCCGGUAUCGAGGAGGCUCUCGAGGCCGAGAUCCCCCUCGUUGUCUGUAUUACUGAGGGUAUCCCCCAGCACGACAUGGUUCGCAUCACCGACAUGCUCAAGACCCAAAGCAAGACUCGUCUCGUCGGACCCAACUGUCCCGGUAUCAUCGCUCCCGAACAGUGCAAGAUUGGUAUCAUGCCUGGCUUCAUCCACAAGCGCGGUCGCAUCGGUAUCGUCUCUCGUUCCGGUACUCUUACCUACGAGGCCGUCAACCAGACCACCCAGGCCGGUCUUGGUCAGUCUCUCGUUGUCGGAAUUGGCGGUGACCCCUUCUCCGGUACAAACUUCAUCGACUGCCUCAAGGUCUUCACUGAGGACCCCGACACCGACGGUAUCAUCAUGAUUGGUGAGAUUGGUGGUUCUGCCGAGGAGGACGCCGCCGAGUUCCUCAAGCAGGCCAACACUGUCAACGGUGGUAAGCCCGUUGUCAGCUUCAUCGCUGGUAUCUCUGCUCCUCCCGGUCGACGAAUGGGUCACGCCGGUGCUAUCGUCUCUGGUGGUAAGGGUGGUGCCGACACCAAGAUCAAGGCUCUCGAGGACGCUGGUGUCAUUGUCGAGCGCUCUCCCGCUGGUCUGGGCAAGGCUCUCUACAACGAGUUCGUCCGCCGCGAUCUGCUAUAA